GACGUCCCCGUGUCCCCAGGCUGGGUCGCAGCGAUGGGGACGGCGCCUGGUGUCCCGCGGGUCCCGUCUUCCCGGAGGAGGAGGAGUUCCUGGAGGUGGACCUGGGUCGGCUGCACGUGGUGACACUGGUGGGGACACAGGGACGUCACGCCGGUGGCCACGGCAGGGAGUUUGCCCGUGCCUACCGGCUGCGCUACAGCCGUGACCGGCACCGCUGGCUGCGCUGGCGCGACCGAUGGGCCGGGCUCCUGUCCUACACGGCGCCGCGGGGACAGGUGAUGGCCCUCGACCCAGCGCCCGUUGUCCUCAACGACUCCACCUACGAUGGAUACAGCGUUGGCCCGGUCACCUGCCCCAACCAGCCCCAGGAGUUCCCAAAUUGGCCCCAGCUGGUCUUCAGCCAUCCUCAGGUUCAUUGCAACAACAUGCACACGCGGGGGGUGAGCAUCUUCGGGGAGGUGGAGUGCCGCUUCAAGAGGAGCCUGGCCACGGCCUGGGAGCCCACCCCGGCCACCCACAGCCUGGCCGGGGCCGUCAAGGACCCCAGCGCCCGCUCAGUCACCGUGCCCCUGGGUGGGCGCCAGGCCCGCUUCAUCCAGUGCCACUUCUUCUUCGCCGGGGAGUGGAUGCUCUUCAGUGAGAUCACCUUCCUCUCGGAUGUGGUGGAGGAGGCAGUGGGUGCCAGCGGGUGGCCCCCAGCCGCCCCCCCCGACCCCUCGGCGGGGGCCAUGGCCGUCCCUGAGGACCCCUGGCACGUGGACGUGGCUACCAACCUCACUACGCCGAUCCCCGCCCCCACGCAGGGCACCUUCACGCCGGCCAGCGACGCCUGGGCCUUUGGGGUGACGCUGUGGGAGGUGCUGACGCGCUGCCGCGAGCAGCCCUACGGGCGCCUGAGCGACGAGCAGGUCAUCGCCAACGCCGGGCAUCACUUCCGCGCCCAG